CAACAACAGCACCAGCAGCGAGAAACGAUCGCAGCGCCUCCGUUGAGGAAUGCCGCAAGCUGCCGUCGUCAAUUCUAAUGUGCCAAGAGAAAAGUGGAAGUCGGACGGCGAUUUGUACCGCUACAAUUUUUGUCGAAAUUCGGAGUUUAAAUCAAAUGAAACAACGAUCGAACGGAACGAUUGAUGAAUAAAAAGUGCAAUUAUUGACUUAUGAAUUCGACUUUUAAAAAACCAAACAGUUUUUUUUCCCUAACAAGUGCCUCUAUUGACGCCAACCACUAACAAAACGACAAGUGAAUGCAAACAGUGAGCAGUUCGUGUAGACAUCCACAUCAAGGUUUCAGCAAUGUCCCACCAGCAUGGCUUACGGUAUUCACAGUAUUCGUCUUCCGGGGCCGGUCCCCAGACGAGUGGAAAAGUUUCGUCGAACUCCAGCGGCACGGCUGGACCUAGCAUUGCUCCGAGGGCCGGUUCGUCUGCUACGACGCCACCUCAAAUACCCCCACCCCCUACCAUGAGGCCCCCGAUGAUGGUGACCUCAUCCGGUUGCUCGAUGCUGCCACCUAGUCCACCAAUUCCGAAUCAGUCCGGAGCCCCGCAGACUCAGCAAUGCCAAACUACGCAGACCUCAACGGCGGCAACUAAUACCAAGUAUUUGAGUGGCAGUCUGUCCGGAUCGGACACCGAUGUGUCUACGUCAACGGAAAAUUUGACCCGUGAGGAGCGGUACGUGCUGCGACACGCUCGCGUCGAACCACAAGGUGAAGAAAAUAUGACCGGCAGCAUCACACCGGUCAACGAGAUUCAGGGACGCUAUAUCCCGGACAAGUUUUCUUCCAACACUUCGUCGGAUUCGACACGAUACGCUACCCCUACCAGCAGCCGCAGCAUAUCGGAGUCUCGCAAUGCGAUACACACCUACGUCAAUGCAGGCGGCGAGGGAUCCAACCGUAAUUCCCUCAUCGGAACCAACUCGAACCGGAAUUCGUUGAAGGAAACCAACUCGAACCGUUCCUCGAUGGAUGUUUCGCAGUCUUCGUACAAUACGCUGAUCAUCCACGACGAAGGAAUCUACUCGAUGAACCGGGAGUAUUCGAGCCCUCCACCGUACAUGAAAAAGGAACGUCCACGUUCGUACGGAGAGCCACAACCACCGAUGCAGGAGAUCGCCGAAAUCCCCGAAGAAUAUUUGAGCCAGAGUCACGUUUUGAAACACCUCGCCAAGGAAGUGAAACUGCCGUCGAGAAAUCGCAGCGAUUCCACUACUCGAGACUCGGGCGUAUCGGAGAAUACGGACUCGCGGGAUCACCCACCCAAAUACGGACAACACUGGAGCGGUGGUCAGAGCGCUUCGACAGAUGAAUCGGCAGCCUCACAGGGGAAUGCCAAGCUGAAAAGCAAAAGCCAACCGGACUUAACCCGACUACUGGACAUCGACCCCGAAGAACUGGAAGCUCUGUACAAGGAGAACCAACUGCUGAAACAACAGCUUAACAGUUGCUUCCUUAAGGUGGCCAAGAGUCAGAAGCUGGAGCAAGAGAUAUCCAACAUCUACCGGGUGCACGAAGAGCUGGUACAGUCGUGCGAGAGGCGGGAGCGGCUGGAGAAGGCGGCCCGAAAUCGCCUGCAGCAGGACUGCCGUCGGCUGCAGGAACUGAACCGAGCCUUCCGGGAUCAGGUCGAGGUGCUGCAGGGUCAGCUGCUUUCCACCUCGGACCACCAGCUGGGUCGGACCCAGCAGGACGUGCUCAUCUCGCAACUGGUGACACAAAAUAAAUCACUAGUGGACGCCAACCGACGUCAGUGUAUUGAGCUGCAGGCUCAAAACGCUACCCUGGAAGAGCAACGGAUUCAUAUCAACGUGCUAGAUACGGCAUUGAAACGACUUGAGGAAGAGUGCCGGCAGAAGCAGGUUUACGUGGAACGUUGUGCUCAGCUGCAGCACGCGUUGCAAUCGCUCCAGAAUGCCAGCGAACGGCGGGAACAGGCCGAGCGGAAGCUUCGGCUGGACUACGAAAACGAUCUACCCAACCGUAGUGGAAGCAGCUCGGCCAGCGACGUCGACAACCUCAAAUGGCAGCUGCGCGAAAAGGACGCACAAAUCAUGAGAUUGGAAGCUGAGUGUGCCCGGCUGGAGCAGCGAAACCUUGAGGAGUCGAACGUGCGAAACGUCACGAAGCUGGCAAUGGAGCGCAACUCGCAGGAAACCGAACGGAUCAUUGCGGAGGCGAAGCAGGAGAAGAUUCGCUACCUGGACGAAGCGCACGCCGCAAACCGAAAAGUUACGGAGUUGCAGACCCGCCUCAAACUGCUGGAAAACCGGCUAGCCGAAAAGGAAGCCAUGAUACGCGCUUAUCAGGGACAGAAAAUUUAUGGUUCAACCAACUCCUACGGAUCGUACAACCUAUCUAACGAUAGUUUCGCAUUGAAUCCACUGGGAGCGUACAAUUCGCAGGCGUCGUACGACGUUUCGAACAAUUCGUUUGAUGUGACGACCACGGCCUCACUGCUGGAUCCAACCUAUGGUCAGAAUCCGUCUUCCAGCUUCACCUCGAACUACGGACAGACGAACCCGAGCUUCAAUCAAAGCUCCAUUAAUCUGCAGACGGCCGGUGGCAAUAGCUACAGUUCACCGAGUAGCAGCUCCAACUACAGUACCAACUACGGUGCCAGUGAUCAUACGGCGAUAUUCGACUCGAAGAACUUUGACGCCCAGCGCAAAUCCAUCGACGACCAGCUGAAGCAACUGGACGAGCAGCUGCUGAGCAAGCGUGGUCUUUGCUGCUUUCCAAGUUUGACAACGAAGAAACCGAUCCAGCCGCUGCUUUCCGAUGAAAUGUCCGUCCUGUCGACCAACAAUAGCGACAGUUUUCUGCAGAACCUAGCCCACAUGGAUCAGCGCGAUCGGGAGCGGCAGGAUCGUGGUCGGGAUCAGGAUGGCGGAGGAGGAAAUAAUAAUACUGGAGGGUUGGGAUCCAACAAUAGCAGCGGCAGCAGCGGACCCAAUGGCGCCUCCACCAAGCCCGAGGAGAUGUUGCUGCUGGAGAAGCAGGGCCGAUGCUCCCAGAAGCUACGCAGCCAGCAGCUGAGCAACUUGGCCCACGUUACCCAAACGGUGGGCCAAAAUAUGACGGAUAUCAGUAAUAUUGGAGGAAAUAAGGUUCCGAAGCUUCUAUCGAAUAUAGCGCAACAGGCAGGAGGAAUUUUGCCACCGAGGAAGGAUCGAGGAGCAUCACUGCCACCCAGUGCCCUGCCAAGACCGCCCAGAAGUUUGAAACCGCCCAGGAAAAUUGAGUACGGACGGUUGAGUGAUUCCGAGGGGAAGAAAAUGGCUGAAACUCCGCCGAAAACUCCAGAGGCAGAUUACGACAUGAAGCCUUCCAGCCUGAAAAGGUCAACGGGCAGCGGGCAGGCCUUCAAUAAGCGAGAGUUUUCCCCGGCUAAAAGCUACAUCGAAAUGAAGGACACGCUUCAGCUGGCAGCCAAAGAUUAUGGAACGUUGAAGUCCAAGAACUACGGAUCGAUGAGUAAUACUGGUGCGAUUAUUCCUUCGCCGGGAAAGAGUGAGGGAAAGUUUGGUUUCGGAUCGAAGUCCAACACUUCCAAUAGUUGUGAGUUUUCCAAACCGGACUACACUUCGACGAGAAAUUACCAGCGAUUGGAAGAGCAGCCGUUGCAGUCACGUAAAAGUUCCGUAGAUACUUCAAGCAUGAAGCGAUCGCUGCUACCCAACGUUCGUAAGCUUAGUUCAACACCCAUCAAGGGAUCACGAGACUCGCUCAAUUCAGCCUCUAGUGGAUCGAACAAUUCUAACAAUUCCAAUCAUCUUUCACGAUCGAGUCCUAUCCACCCAAGUGCUGCCCAAGUUGUCCAACCUCCACCCAACACCAUGGUCUAUCACCAUCACAAUCAUCUACAUCAUGGCCGAACACCUCCCCGAUUCAUUCAUCACUCGCAGUCGACAUCGGCCGAAUCGACCAAAUCUUCCCAUCACAAUCUUCAACAGUCACCCCAAACCCAACAACCGCCGCCAUUAUUCGGCAAAAUGUCUCCUUCGACGACCAAGCUGCAGACGCACAAGACCAGUACCCUGCCGAGUGCUAGCAUCCUUCACGCUGCCGUCACGGCCUCGGCUACGAUUGCCAAUGGUCAGCAGAGUACAGCCUCACUACCCCCGAAACCGAUGACCGACGGCAAAAGUGGGAUCAGCGGCAACGGCGGAAGCAGUAGUGGAGGAAGCUCGGCCGGACAACAGCAGCGCCGGGGUAGCAGUCUGACGCGGACAGAGAACAAGUAUAGAAUACAGUUCUAGCAUAGCUGUGAAGCAGCAACCGCUCUCUUUUCUGUAGUAUUCUGGAUCUGGAUUUGUACACAUUGGAUAUUUUUGGGAUGGUGCAAAACAAACAAAACUAAACUUUCGCCGUAUUGAUCAGCGAGACGCUGAUGAAUUUUUUCGAUUUUUUUUUGUAAAAAUAAAAUCAAAUUGUAGUUAA